UACCACGUGGGUUUUGUGAGAGAGGGCGCGGGAAAAGCUUUGAGGACAGUCAUGUUUGUUGAUAGGGGCGAUCGGUGAGUGCGUCCUGUUUGCCGGGCAUACUCGUUUUUCUUGCCGCGUGGGGGGUACUUUGCACCCCAAGAAAACCGUGGACUAAAACGACCGAACGUCAUGUUGCCGCUGCUGUUGCCCGUUGGAUAUUCGUGAUGGCGACGCCGCGGUAUUGAUUUGGCGGUGAAGCUUGGCGACCAUGUAUCCUAACCGACACCCGGGAGACGGGAUGCCUCCUUAUGCUGCAUACGGAGCUCCUCCAUUUUCGGCCAUCAUGUCCAAAGAGGGUCCUCCGCCAGCCGCCGGUCAACCUUUCAAGUUCACGGUCGCAGAAACGUGCGAUAGAAUCAAAGAAGAAUUUUCUUACUUGCAAGCACAGUAUCACAGAGACACAGUCAGUUUGAAACUGGAAUGCGAGAAACUGGCAAGUGAGAAAACAGAGAUGCAACGGCAUUACGUCAUGUAUUAUGAAAUGUCGUAUGGUUUGAAUGUCGAAAUGCACAAGCAGACGGAGAUUGCCAAACGACUUAAUGCUAUCAUCGCUCAAAUUAUACCGUUCCUAUCUCAAGAGCACCAGCAGCAGGUGGCUGCAGCUGUAGAGCGCGCCAAACAAGUCACAAUGACUGAAUUAAAUGCCAUUGUUGGGCAACAGCAUCCAGGAAUAGCUCAUCUAAUGCAGCAGAUGCACGCCCAGCAGUUACCUCCACACGCGCACGCGCCGCCCUUGCCCAUGAUGCCCCAUGCGGCCGCCAUCGCGGGGCUGCAACCCCCGACCCUGCCCCCGAGCAGCGCGGCGGGCCUUCUGGCACUCUCCAAUUCCCUGGCGGGGCCGGCCGCUCACCUGUCGGCCGCCGCCGCAGCAUCCACCGCAUCUUCCUCAUCCUCAUCAUCCAUCAAGGACCACAGGGACGAAAAAAGGAACUCAAACUCUGUGAAUGACGAUCGACAGAGGAAUUCCAUUUCCCCUCAUGAUCGAGACAAACCACGAAGUCGGUCUCCAGACCUAGAUAUCGAAAAGAAGAGACGAAAAGAAGACAAGCAUGACCAUUCUGAGAAAGGCGGCACUUGGAAUGAGCUGGCAGCCCUCUGCUUCCCAAACCUACAGGCGAACGAAGAGGACAAAAGCGAUCAGGACCUCGUCGUCGAUAUCUCAAAUGAGGAACCUCUUUCUCCUCCUAAUGGAGAAAUGUCCCCCCGUGAAAAUGGAACAGAAAGGGGCUUGAAAAGGGAGAGGCCCCCUAGCCGUAGCGGAUCUUCUUCGAGUAGGAGCACCCCAUCUUCUGCUAAGCAUAAGGACCAUGUGAACGAUAAACCUCCAACUCCUGUUUCUAAACCGGUGACUCCGACGAGUUCGGGAUCCACGACGCCAAGUUCUAGUGGCAUCAAACCCCAUCCGAAGCAUGCUUUAGGUCCUCCGUAUCCGUACGCGCUUCAUGGUGGGGCUGCCUUAGCUGGAGAGCUCGGGACGGCAACUGCGUUUCCCCAAGGCGUCCUUCACAAUAACAUUUCACCAGCUCUUAAUUCCUACUCUAGGUCAUUGGUUGGUUUUGAUCAUCCUUCGAUGCGAACUCCUGGUUUUGGCAGUAUACCUGGUGGAAAACCGGCCUACUCAUUCCACGUGAAUGCCGACGGUCAGAUGCAACCGGUGCCUUUUCCCCCGGACGCCCUCAUAGGUCCUGGUAUCCCUAGACAUGCUCGACAGAUCAACACGCUGAGUCACGGUGAAGUUGUCUGCGCUGUCACUAUAUCAAAUCCUACCAAAUACGUCUACACCGGAGGGAAAGGAUGUGUGAAAGUGUGGGAUAUUAGCCAACCAGGUAGUAAAACUGCUGUCUCCGAAUUAGUGUGCUUGCAAAGAGAUAAUUACAUUCGAUCUUGCAAGCUUCUACCAGAUGGCAGGACUCUCAUUGUUGGAGGUGAGGCUAGUACGAUAUGCAUAUGGGACUUAGGAACGCCAACACCACGCAUCAAAGCGGAACUGACGUCGAGUGCCCCUGCUUGCUACGCUCUGGCCAUAAGCCCCGAUUCCAAAGUGUGCUUCAGUUGUUGCAGCGACGGUAAUAUCGCAGUUUGGGACCUACAUAACCAGAAUCUAGUCAGGCAAUUCCAAGGUCACACAGAUGGUGCAAGCUGCAUAGAUAUAUCCAGUGAUGGUACAAAACUGUGGACCGGUGGGCUCGACAACACAGUCCGAUCUUGGGAUCUUAGAGAGGGUCGCCAGUUACAGCAACACGAUUUUACGUCGCAAAUAUUUUCUCUGGGAUAUUGUCCUACAGGAGAGUGGCUGGCAGUUGGAAUGGAGAGCAGUAACGUCGAAGUGUUGCACUGCAGUAAACCGGACAAGUACCAACUGCAUCUGCAUGAGAGUUGUGUUUUGUCGUUAAAGUUCGCGUCCUGUGGCAAGUGGUUUGUUUCGACGGGAAAAGACAACCUCCUCAAUGCCUGGAGGACGCCGUACGGAGCCUCUAUUUUCCAGUCUAAGGAGUCUUCGUCUGUCUUGAGCUGUGACAUCUCUUCAGAUGACAAAUACAUUGUGACAGGUUCUGGAGACAAGAAAGCCACAGUCUACGAAGUCAUUUACUGAAUUCCAAGAACCCUCUCUAUUCAAGAACUGUACUACUUCACCACAGAAAUGUACACUGUACUCAAUGACACUGUUACCUCGGCUCGAGAAUUUCGCCGCGAAUCAUGCGUUUUUUACAACCGUUAAGUUAUGCAGAAAGGAUUUUUUUUAUCGUUUCUGUCGUUGUAAUUAUAAAGAGAAAAAAAUAAUUUUAAAUUAAAAGUUAUUUUUAAUCAUUUUCAGUUUUUAAUCUAGAAAUAUUGCGUUCUAUGCAUGUAAAAGGAAAUGAAAAUUUACUUUCUAUUAACAGAAUCAAAAAUGAUUGUAUGAAUUAUUUCGCAAAUUGCUUAAAAUCAUGUUCAUAAACUGAAAUAUUAAAUAUUAUUGGUUAUUCUUAAAAAAAUUUUAUACUGAGGAUUUUUCACAAAUUUGAAAAAAAUUCUUGUUAUAUGUAUGAAUUUACUUAGCGUGCAUUUCAUGAUAGACUGAAAACUUUGAGAUACGGAAUAAAUCCAUCGUCUAUUUCUUUAAAAAAACAUUAAAAUAGAAAAAUCAAAUUAACUUCAGAAACUAUCUAAAUACUUUAUUUUAUUUUAAAUUAAAAUUUAAACUUAUCAAACUAAGCAUUAUAUUUAUCUAAACACUUCAUUAUUGUAUGAUUCCCACUGAUAUAGGUAAAAGCAGUAAAAACAUAAAUUUUGCCUGGAUACUUUUUAUGGUUGAAACUACUACAAAAAAAGAAAAAAAAGUUCGAAUUCUAUACAAACCAAAAAAGGCAAGUAUUUUAAAACUAUAUUGCCCAAUUAAUUAUUCGCAUAUACAUCGCGAUAAUUUUUGUUUUAUUUUCAAUUAAUUUUAUUAUUUGCUCAAUAAAACCCGUAUUAUUUUUCCUUUUUACUUGAUGAAAACUUUUUUAAUAAAUAAAUAGGUUUUAGUUAAGUACAAAAGCUUUUUAAUAAUUUUGGUUCCUAAAAAAUCUCAAAAUUAAAUGUUUUAAAUAUUUUUCUAACAUUUUUUAUAGAUUUAAUGCAAUUAUGAUUCAAAAGUUUUAAAAAAUAAAUAAAUAAUUGCCCUUUUUACAGGAAAAACUAUUUUUUUUUCUACACUGUAUUAUAUUGAAAAAGAAGGGACAGUUUAUGAUCUAUAGUUUAAUGGCAAUUUUAUGAAUAAAAGAUUUUGAUUCAUCUGAUUCAAUACCGAACUGAUCGAGCCAAGUCAACGGUGAAAUUGCAUCGUGUUCGAGACGUGGUGUGUUGUCCUCUCUUUAUUUCCUUCACUCCAGCAAUUCUUGAAAUGAAAUCGAGGCGAAACAGCAAACUAGAAGCGAAUCGAGGAUGCCUUUUCAAGUUCCAUGCACACAUUCACAAACUACUAUUUCAGCAACUACUACGGUUACUACUACUAACUACUACAGUAUUCGGCGCCGCCAAAUAUCCUAACUGAUCAUGUUCCAAACCGCCAAGAUGGCGGGAAUCCUCGAUGAAUAAAAUAAAAUGUUCCAUGACUGCGAGAAGACAUUAAAUAGAUUUAAAAAAGAGACUGAUUUGUAAUAUGCAUUUUAGGAGUUAAAACAACACAAGACCAUUCAGGAAUUGUUUGAGGUUUUGAUUUCUUGCAAGUUUCGUAAACAGUGAAGCUCUCUUUGUGUUAUAGAUUCACUGCAAUUGUUGAUAAAUUCAUCUGCAACCAAAAGGAAGGAGAAUUGCUUUGUAGGUUAAAAAUCAGCAUGUUAUUUGUGUCCCGUGAAACUUAAUUUAUGUAUUGUGCAAAAAAUUAUAAAUAUUGAGUUCUUCUUUAUUUUUUUUUAUUUUGUAACAUUGUAAUAAAUACUGGUAUUGAAAGUAAAAAAGAAGUUUUUAAAAUAAUAAAUAUUAAAACAGUGGUUCUCUAACACUUAUAAUUCAUAUUUGCUUUGGAAGUGCGAAAGAAAAUGCACCUUAUGUUGCUUUGCAAGAGUAAUAAUUAUUUUAAGGCAUUGAAAAUUAAAUCAAAUUAUGAUAUCAUACAAAAUAGUUUUAUAACUUUAAAUUACAUUAUACGCUAUCUUAAUAAAUUCGUUUAAUAUAAUGGAAUUGAUAUAUAUUAGCAUGAUAAUGUUAGUAGGCUGGAAUACUAUCUGUAAAUUGAAAUGUAUAGUUAAAAAAUCCUUCAAAACACACUAUAGGUUAAAUUGUCAGGCCUAAAACUAUCAUAUUCGAUUCGCAAUUACUUCUGAAAUAGUAAGUGUUCACUAAGAAAAGAUUUCUGUUGAAAUAUUAAUAUUUUUUUACAGCCACUUCAUAAUGUUAUUGCAAAAAAAAGCAUAUUUACUAUAAAUAAAACUUUGAAAAUAAGAUUUUUUGGAAAUAUCAAUUUCAUUUCCAUGCAGCUGCUUUUCUGUAAUUUUAAUAAAUUCCUCAAAACAUCUUAAAAUAUAUUUCACAACAAUAUUUUUAUUGUUUUAAUUGCUGCAUAUGUUGCGAGAAUAUUGCUCUUUUUGAGUGCACAUUAUCGUGUAUUUUAUGUAUAAUUAAGUGUAAUUUUUAAAAUAAAAUAAAAUAAAAAUAGAUGAAUCAAUCCUAACACAUUAUCAUGCUAUGGUGUUUCGGAAUAGAAGUAUUUAACCUGUUUUAAAUUUAUGCUUCUUAUUGUUAUGCCCAAAAUUGAGAACCACUGAGGAAUAUAGCACUAUCACUAUAGCAUUGAGAAUAACUUUGCUUCUUCUUCUUCUUCUUCUUCUUUUUUUUUUUUUUUUUUUGAUAAACUAAAUUAUUAUUCCAAAAUUGUCAUUUGUUUUGAUAGAAUAAGAAAUGUAUUAUAUUAAUCCUUGUAAUUACUUAAAUUUAUUUUGCUUGAAAUUACUAUUCUUACAUCAACCCACAUUGAUUAAUUCUGGCUCAUCUCAUAAAUAAAUUAAAUAUUUAUUCUUUUUUAUUUUCAAAACAAAUCCAAGGUUAGUAGUUCAUAUUUAUUUUAUCCAUGGCCACGCAAAGAGGAUUACUGAUGCAAUGCUCGGCAUUUAUUUUCAAAUGCCAAUAUAUUUUUUCAAUGCAUUAAAAGAAAAAAAAAGCAUUUACAUGUAAUGAGAUGCCGAAAGCAAAUUUCUUCCUUGACUAAUAACAAACUACAUUUUUAUUCUCAAAUGACUUGUCGCAAAGCGUUACUACCACCAUGUUCUUGAACCUAUGAAAAAAAUAAUAUAUGUGAUAUGUGUGAACAAUUUUCGAUUUUGUGAAUGUCAUUAUAAUCGUAUUCCAAAAAACAAAAAAAACCUGCUCUGAAAUAGGACCAGGGGUAAAUUGCUCUUGUUAUUAUUAACUGUUUUCAUUUGCAAUUGUCUAUCGAAAUCUAUUACAAACUGCAUUGUGUUAUUUGUUGCUAAGACAGAACUGUGAACUCUUCUAUCCUCAAUAUUGGUGGAGCAAUUCAGUGUAUGUAUCGCAUUCAAUUGUCCUCGGCUGUACAUACUGUCCAUUGACCGAGAAUCCCUAUGGAUAUUUCAUUCAUAGACUAUAUAGAAAUAUCUCCUUGUGUGUAUCUUUUUGUAAGGCACUGGACGCAACAUAAUAGACUUUCGGAGCAUACAAGGUACUAUUAUAUUUAUUAAUGUCAGUCAGUGCAUUUGCAACACUGCAUCUCUUUUCUCUUUAGGGUUAAGGAUGGUGUUAUUUCUUUUUUGAAGUGAUAUAAUGUUUUUUUUUUUUUUUUUUCCUUUCCUUUGCGGAACGUGUUUCGAGUGUGCAUCUUUAAUUUGUGACUCUUUUUAUCAAGACAAUAAUAAGCCUCCUUUUUAAAAAAAGAUUGUAUGUUUCUUGACGUCAAUGAUGUUACAUGAAAAAAAGAAAUUGAAAUGCAUUUUCUUGGAAAUUUGCAUUUCGUCAUAUGGUCUUGUAGCACUCUCAUUUAGCAAAAGAGAUUCUCAAAGGUUUUGUUUAUUUAUUUAUGCUUUACAAGAAAUAUUGUAAUGUUAUUUAUUUCAUGGCAUUAUAAUUUGAAGCAAAUUCUUAGUUUUUAGAUAUGCAUAAAAUAUUUUAUAUUUUUAAAGUAUCAAUAUUCGGGAUUAAUUAGAUCAUUCUAAGCAUUUGUUUAUUUUAUUGAUUUGUUUUUAAUUGUAUGUUAUAAGUUGCUAAAGUGCAACAUCGCACCAUUAAUUCGAAAUAAUACACUUUUUCCCCUAUAAAAAUCAAUUUUGUGCUCAACGAAGACAGCUGUAUAGCACUUUAUUUUUAUUCAUUAAAAAUCGAUAUAAUUCGUUUUUGCAUAGGAUAUUUUUUAUAUAAUUCCUUAAAAGCAAAAUCAUCCAAUCCAAAUUUAUAUAUUUUGUGGUUUUCAGUUAAUUCCCCUAUAAAACGAAUUAAUUUCAUUUUGUCAGAAUCUCAGUAUUAUCUUGGAACGAAAUAAUUCUAUUGUCCUGAAAUAGAAUUUCUUAUUAUUUUCUUCUUUUUUUUUCGUAGUUUUUCCUAGAACUUUAAUUAUUGGUCUUGAAUUAACCUGACUGGUUGUUUUCAUUUAUGUGUUGAUUAACGCGGUGAAUUUAUUAAGAGUUUUAUUAUAUAUGUGUAUUGAAAUGCAUUAUUUGUAUUAUGUAGAAAGUGAUAUUUGCAAAAUUAAAGUUGAUAUUUAUGUAACUAAAACCAUUGUUUAAAGAAAUAUACUCAUUGGUUUAUAAAACAAUCUCUUUUGCUAAAUACUCUGAGUGCAUUCCUCCUCAUAUGAGCAAAGUUGCUUUAGAAGAAUUCAAAAACAACUAUGAACUAUCUAAUGAAGAAAUCUAAAAAACAAAAACAAAAUUAUUACUUUGAUUUUAACUUUUGUUUAAUAUUUGCGAAGGAUAUAUAUUCAUUUUUAUUAUCGAAUACGUAUAUUUAUAACAGUAAAUCAUAGCAUAUAUUUUAAAUUCGUGAUUGCACUUUCUGCCAGGACUUUAUAUUAUACUUUAACUGUUUCACAGAAAUAGCAUGUAAAAACGAUAAAAUUACAGCAAUCAUUUUAAUCCAUAAUGAAUACAAAUAUUUUAAAAUCUUUUCCAGUUAAUUGGGUUCAAUCGAAUGGCAUCAAAAAUGCCAGUAUUGUCCAGCUAUUUGCCCAAAUUUAAUUAUUUAAAUUAGCUAUAAAAUUUAUUUAUUCCAAAAAUAAAUAAAAUCUAUUAAAUAUCAAACAUUAUUUCAGUAUGUAGGCUAUGCAGUAAUACUACCGGUUCUUAUGUUGUUCUAACUAUCAGGCUUUAUAGUAUGAUUAUUUUGAAUAUCAUAACCACUGUCACAAUUAAAUGUUUGAUUCACUUUUUUAAUCACUGAAAAGUAUGAAGGAUCUUCAUACGAUGUUAUUAUAAUUUUAUUUAUUUAUAUAUACUAAAAAAAAAAGUCUUCAUAGCUUUAGUUUUUGAGUUCUUCGACUGCGACACUAAAAGUUCACUAUCUAGUUCCUUUUUCAUCUAUUCACCUAUGAUGCGACAAAAACUAAAAAUAUAUCAAGCCAUAAAAACUCACGGAAUAGUUCCUGCUUUUCCUUUUUCUGCGAUGCACAAGACAAUUUUAUUCCUAUCUAUUUGAAUAGAAGAUCCUACAAGAUAAAAGAAGAAACAGUGAAAAAAAAAAAAAAGAAUGAGACUGUUCUCAUAUGGUGUUCCUUCGAUUUGCGUUCUUUUUCUAUUUAUGUGGUGUUCCGUGUUCCAUAUACAGAUUUCAUGAGCACGUGGUGCUUUUCAUACCUCACGCAGUUACUGUCAAAGUCCGAAAACGUCUGGUGGCACGCCACGAAUCAACAAAGCCCCAUCUAUAGCAUCAUCGAAAUAAAACAAUAAAUUCGAGAUCCGACUUACUCAGAAACAGGAAUUUUUAGUUAAUUUUUUAUUGAUAUAACUUCAAGCUAAUUCAUAAUAUCGAAGGAAAGUGAAGUUAUAAUUUACGUUAAGUACUUUGGACUAACAGUUGUUAAAGAAUUUAAAAAAUGAGUGCUUUUCAUAUAGCAUUCUUUUUUCCUUCAAGUUAUAACCUAAUUUCCAAUAUAUUAUACAACAUUUAUUUUCAGAGCAAUGCAGUUAUUGAUUCAAAAUGACAAAUGUGAAAACAGGAUGUACAAAGUAUAGAAUGAUUUAAAAUAGGUAGGUAAGUGUAUCUGAAGGGGAGGGGGGGGGUAAGCGCCACCAUUUAAAAAAAAUUGUAACGAAUGUAUUUAUUAGAAGAGACAUUCCACAAUUUUAUUUUUAAAUAAGAUAUAUAUAUAAGAAUGAAGAUAAAAAUAAGAUAUAUAUUAAGAAUUUCUCUAAUAAAUUGCGAUGUUUCUUACUGAAAUACUAUUUGAACUAAUGAUUAUAUAACAAGGGGACUUCUGUAACAAUCAAAAUUACCACAUUAAAAUUAAAUAUUCACAUAACAUAUAUAAAGCACUUAAAAGAAGUAAAUUAUUAUUUAAUCAUUUAAAAAAGUUUCAGUUUUGUGGCAUUGAAUAUAUAUUGUAUCCGUUAUAGUUUCUACUUAAACAGAUUGAUAACAACCACUACACGCACUGAUAUUGUUCUCACUGAUUUGAGCAUGUGCCAUAUAUGAAUAUGUCAUACUUUUAUAACAGGAUUAAAUCUUUAUAAAUAUUUCGUUGUUUGAUAAAAAAAAAUCAGUCAAAGUAUUCUAGUAAUAAUACGUAUUUCAGUAAUAUUUGAUAUUUAAAAGAAAAGAAUCGCUAUUGAGAAUAAUGAUCUUGGACAAUAAUUUCCGGAUCUUGGCAGUAACUGCAACUAAAUUGUUGUGUAUCUGUUUCCCCAUUGCUGCUAUCCCUACAGGUAGGGAUAUAAAGCUCAUGCGAAGAUUACUAGCAUGAUAAUUAUGUACGACUGUUGCAUUUUUUGCAUAUUCUCAAUUGGUUUAGGACUGUUACUACUGGAAUCAGGGACUCGAAAAAACGAAUUUUUUUUUUGUUCGGUUUUAUUUCCCUUUUUCAAUGACUUCGAUAUUCAUUAAUGAGUUACUCAGUAUUUAUUUAAUACAAGAACAUUUUCGGAAUUAGUUUUCUACUUAAUGAUUUGCUACAAUGAAAGCCACUUUUCUUUUUAUAAAGUAUUUUUGUAUUAGUUGUUGAAUUUUAGAUAGCAUUUUAUUGCAGUCAUAAGAAUAUUUUAAUCGUGCGUGGUUAUGAAAAUUCUCUGCCAUGUUGGAAAAAGAAUGGAGGUAGUAACAGUGCUGAAUUGUUGAGAGGAUGCUUUGUGCAGAGUUGAAUUUGUUGUUCCUCAUAACACUUGUGUGUGACUAUUCAUCUUGUCUCUGCCCCAUCCCAAAGUGAGAGGAAAUACGUUUUUGUAAUAUAAGAUGAAUACCCUACUACUACUUGUAAAUGAAAGUUAUGACAAAAAAUAGCAUUAAAAGUUCAUAAUGUAA